AUGCGUUCCACCAACUCCAUCGCCCUCUUCUUCGCCGCCGUCGCCGCGGGCGAGGUCCUCUGGGACGGCCGCUUCACGGCCGACACGGCCUCGGAGCUGUCCUCGUGGUCGUGGUCCAACCAGAACGGCGCGUACCAGUACUACAUCCACGGCAGCGGCGACCUGACCGACUACGUCAACACGGGGGCCGACUUCAAGAACCCGGCCGACAGCGCCUCCGCGCAGGGCGCCAAGGUCUCCAUCGACUCGACCUCGCAGUGGAACGGCGGCGGCAUGCUGCGCACGGAGCUGAUCCCGCAGACGGACGCGGCCAUCAACGAGGGCACCGUCUACUACCACUUCUCGAUGAUGCGCAAGGAGGAGAACGCGCCCAACGCCGCGCACGAGCACCAGGUCAACUUCUUCGAGUCGCACUUCACCGAGAUGAAGUACGGCCUCAUCAGCGGCGCGUCCGGGUCCGAAAACACGGCGCUGCAGUGGUUCGCAAACUCCGAGUCGCAGUGGAACGUCACCUUCGAGCCGGGCGUCUGGCACAACGUCGCGUACGAGAUCGACUUCAGCGGCGGCAGCGUCACCUUCUGGCACAGCACCGGCGCCGACGCCCUCACCAAGACGGCCGGCCCCGUGUCCGUCUCGGCGAGCUCCAACGGCGCCGACUGGCACCUGGGCGUCCUGCGCCUGGAGGGCAACACCGACGCCACGGCCGAGGACUGGUACUUCAGCGGCGUGUACAUCGAGAGCGGCGACCUGACCACCGAGAUCGGCUCGGGCUCGGCUUCUUCGUCCUCUGGCAGCAGCAGCAGCGCCUCGCCCGCCGCCGCCGUCGCCACCUCCUCCUCGUCCGCUGCCGCCUCGAGCGCUUCGUCCACCACCACCAGCGCCGCCGUCGCCGCCCAGGAGACCACCGCCUCGGUCGUCUCGUCGACCCCUGCCGCCGUCGCCACCCCCACCACGCUCCAGACCGUCGCCAGCUCUGCCGCCGCUGCUUCUUCCUCCGCCGCCGCCCAGCCCACCGGCCAGACCGGCAGCGUCCCUGCCGAGGGCAACGGCUCUUCCACCACCACCAGCGGCAACGGCCUCAGCGCCGACGAGCAGGAGGAGGUCAACCAGGGCAUCUCUUCGUGGUUCACGUCGCUCAAGGCGUGGUGGUCUGCCAACCAGUAG